AAUCAAUCCCGCGUAAUCGUCGACUGUUCGUGCAGUAGACUAAGAUGCCGCUCAAGGAGCGAAGACAACACAGCAAUGUGUUUAAGAAUUUCCUUGAGGCCAAGAUGCCAGGAUUUACGUCGAAGCCAAAGAAGAAGUAAUGGGUAGUUUACUUCGACUUUCGUCCACAUUAUCCUCUACCUCUCUUCUUAUAGUUUGCAUUUCACUUUGCGACUCUACUAAGUUUUAUCGGCCACACACCACUAUUACUCAUAUCAGGAUACUGGUCAAGAUGCAACCCAGAACCUACAUUGGAGACAAAAGGUUGGAAUUCCUUCCUUGCGUUGGUUUGGCGUGCCCUGGCCCUUUCUGUUUUUUUAGCGAUUAAUUUUCCAACAAUCUUAAGUUGGCUUCCCUCCCGUUAAGCCUGACAGAUGACUAUUCCUCUCC